AUGAGUAAGUGUACAGCAUUCCUUCAAAUCAUCACAACAGAGCUGCCCCUUUCUGCUCGCAGGUCUUCCUCAGGCUGGGAAUGUUGUUCCCGUUCUCUGCUGGGGGAGUUUUUUCAUGGCGGGGCCUCAUCCUCGACGAAGCUGUGGGACUCAGAGCCAGGCUCUGUGUGGCCCGACGAUCCUGCUGACCCGGCCUCCUGCAGACCAUGGGCCGCCAUACCCCUGGCCGCAUUUCCAGCUUUUCAAGUGGGAAGAAACCACCCCGCGUCCCAGGACUUGCACUUCUGUGGGCCAUCCUCAGCAAGACAUUUUCAUGGAUAUGAAACUGGACACCGAGUUGACGCUGAAGUUCAGCUGCUGGGUAAUCUUCCAUUUCUGGAGCCUGCUCAUCUUCCUUGUAAAACCCGGCUAGGCCUUCACCCUGGACAGGAGCAACUGGUUCGGAGUCAGCGGCUCAGCCAUGAGGAAGCCGAGAAGCGAUGUCUGCCUCCCCUCCUCCCUCCCAGAGGAUCUGGAUGUGAAACUAACCCAGAGUGGAUGCUGAAGCUCAGCUGCCAAGUAAUCUCCCAUUCCCAGAGAGACUGCACAGCUUCCUGCUCAACGCCAGCUGGGUCUUCUUCCUGGAGAGGAGCAACUGACAUUUUCAUGGAUAUGAAACUGGACACCAAGUUGACACAGAAGUUCAGCUGCUGGGUAGUCUUCCAUUUGUGGAUCCUGCUUGGCUUCCUGGUAAAACCUAGCUGGCCCUUCACCCUGGACAGGAGCAACUGGUUUCUUACCUGGAGCACACCGGAGAUCAACACAGUCUUAGCCUGGAGCCAAGACAGCUGUCGCCCAUGUUUUUGACAUGCCUGGCCGCUUCCGGUGCCGCUGUGAUUACUGGGAGGAAGAGGCGGGUCCUAGAUGACUGGCGCUUGCGCAGUCGGCCUGGUGACUAUCAAGAGGAUGUUAUCUGGUGGUGGCGGCAUGUCGUCGGCUGCUGGAAUUGUUUGCUGAUGGCGGCGUUUUCGGCAGCGGUACUGGCCCGGAGAGUGCGGGAGUGAAGACAUUUUCAUGGAUAUGAAACUGGACACCGAGUUGAUGCUGAAGUUCAGCUGCUGGGUAAUCUUCCAUUUCUGGGGACUGCUCUGCUUUCUUGUAAAACCCAGCUGUGCCUUCACCCUGGACAGGAGCAACUGGUUAGUAGAUGUGGCUGUGUCCUGUUGAUGGCAACCCUUGGGCCCAAGGAGGAGAGGAGGGAAGGGAAGAGAAGGGAACCCUGUGCCCUGGGGUUGGGCUGCCAGGCUGACAGCAAAGUGGACUUCCAGAUUUUGUGAAGGAAGGUCAAGUGGUGGGAGCCCUAUAUACAUGUGGAGGCAGAAAUGUGGGGACCUAGUGUUCCUAGAAUAGAGGAACCACAGAGACAGAGUUGAAUAAGAUAUUGGGGAAUGAAUUCCCUGGGGCUUUGCCAAGAAUUAAGGCCCAAAGAACAUGUUAAGAAGGGAAUAAUGGUUGUCCAGGCAGUGGGAAAGGAAUCUGGGAGGAAAACUGCCAUGUGUUGACUCAGAGAACAAAACAUGAGUCUGGUUUGGAGAGACGUGGUAAUAGUUGUUUGGGUUUUAGAUUUUCAGGCUAAGGACGAUGGGACUGCAAGUACUUCAUGCAGUGGGAGUGGAGGGUUAGAUGCCAUGGAAGAACCUGGGGCGUGCAAGGUUUUGGGAGCUGAAAACAGUGUGUGUCUGUAUGUCACCAUCCUUUGAUAGAAAAGGAAAAUGGAAGGAUUGUGAGGAGGAAGGCAGGCAACUUUGAGGAGAGUUGUGAUAGGGAGGAGCUGUAAUAGGUCUGCUUGUAAUAACUAGUAGAGUAUCAGAGUGUGAGAUCUGGGACAGGCCCUGGGGAGAAACCUUAGGAAAAGUGAGGGAAGGGAUAUCAGGAGGCAGGCAGAGGGAACUUUCAGGAGGGAUUGUGGAAUGGGAGCUGAGUUAAUCAGGACAUUUGACCAAAGUGUGCAGACUACCAAGAGGUGGAGAAGAGGUUAUUUGAAAGAAAAUGGGUUGAUAAGUGGCUUGGGAACAUGGAGAUUCUUAUUUAGCCUAUGAAUGAAGUUUGUGGCUUGUAGAAGUCAGAAUCUGGGCAGAGGAGUUUCUCUUGGUAAAUAUAUUUUUCUUGACUUUCAAAGGAGUAUCUGCUAUGUGCCCACAUUUGUUCUAGUUAUUUAAGGUACUGCAGAGAGCAUCAUGAGGGUCCAUGAAAAAGUCUGUGGAAAGAGGGAUUUGUAAGGUUGUUUCAUUGUGUGUGUGUGUGUGUGUGUGUACAGAGAGAGAGAUAGAGAAUUAUUCUUCUCCAUUCAACUGAUGAUGUUUGAAUUCCUUGGCAAUUUCUUGUUUCCCUGCCGUGAAGCAUACUGCAAUAAAUACUGUGGUGAACGUAUCACUCUGAUACAAUAUGUUCAUGUGUUUUGGGUUGUAUCAGUAGAGAAUUGUUCCAUCAUAUGACAAGUCUGUUUUUAUUUUCUUAAAAAAUCUCUAUAUCGUUUUCCACAGUAGUUGCACUAAUUUAAAUUUUUACCACCAGGGUGUAAUUGUUCCCCUUUUCCCACAUCCUCCUCCUCAUUGUGACUCUCUGUCCUUUUGGUUUUAGCCAGUAUGUACGUGUGAGCUGAUAUCUCAUUGUGGUUUGGACUUGCAUUUACCUGGUAGCUUGUGAUGUUGA